AUGAGCGCAAUACCUAAGUCAAAUUUAAAACGAAUUCGAGAUAUUCUAUUAACAGAUGAAAAUAGAAUUAAUAAUGAUGUUAAUGAUAAUCAAGGUUCUGAUUCAGACAGUGAAUCUGAUUUUCUUGCAACUGAAUCAGAUGAUACAUCUAAUAGUGAACAUAUAUCAGAAGAAUCUGAUUUAUCAAAUUCUGAUUUUGAACAUGGUGAUGUUGUUACAGUUAGUCAACCAGAAACAUUAAAAAAGGACGGUGUCACAUGGACCGAUUUGGGCUCUGUGACUGGUGCAGUUGGCUCAGGCGCAUCAAGAAUAUAG